GCCGACAUCACUCGUAUCUACAGCUCUGUGUUUUCCGAACUACUUAGCAUGCCGAACCACGAGCAGCUAGAAAAAUGCACACAGCUGCUGUCGACCAAAUCCACUGAUGACGAAAAGUUUGCUGGACUAAUGCUGGUGCCACGCGUUGUGGCUCCUGACGACGCGGAGUCUUUGGAGUACAUCUUCGAUGCCAUGGACGUCAAAUUCCUGGAGCGACUCAUGCGUACGGGGCUGAAGCAGGCGGACAAAUCGGCCAUUAUGCUUAAUAUCGCGAUCCCCGUCAUCGACAGCUUUGCCUCCCAUUCGCAGAUUGCAGGCAAGCCGAAGAUGCUCGAGCGCAUCCCGACCCUGCUGCAGAUUGUUGGCCGCCAGGUGCCGCAGGUGUCAAACGAGGCUGCCCAGGCAGUGUGCAAAAUAGUUUCGACCGAUAGCGGUGCCGAAGCGGUUCUUGAGUCUCCAGAAGGGCUUGUUGGCGUGGUUGGCAGCCUGGCCUCAGCCGACUCUGAUACCAAAGACCUCAUCGGUUUCGUAGACUUUGCGCUUAAUCGACUGUCGACAUUUGCCAGCAGCAGCCGUGGCCACGGGCUCUUGGGCCAGUGGGUAGAAAUUGUCACCAAAACAUCGGCACUAUUCGACAAUAACCAGCAGAUGCUAAAGUUUGGGCUUAUCGGCGUGCUGGCCAAUGCGCUGGAGCCAAUCGACCGGGAUAUCGGGGCUGAGGCCGACACACAACAUCCAUGCGCACAGCUUAUCAGCCACGUACUCUCUGGCUGUGUCUCGGUGCUACGUCAAAGGUCCGAGACGACCCAGUAUGCGGACCAGGCGCUGGUUCUCGCCUCGCACCUGGUGAGACUCUGGCCGGAUCGUGUGUUCGCGGACAAACGAAAGAGUGACAGGGAUUCCAACGACCAGCGCAAGCAGUCGGAUCUGAUCCUGCGAUUGGCAUGUGUCGAGGGUCAGUCGUCGAUAGACUCGAUGAUGAUAAGCCCGCCGCUGGCCAAGGGGAAGCCAGACCAACAGCGGCUGAAGCGCGGAUGGAAGCUGCCGUUCUGCGCUGAGAUCGCAGCUGGCUGGCUCGAGUGGGUGUCCCAGUGGCUCGACGACCAGGAGCUCGAAUCGGACAAUGUCGAUGAGGAAGCCAUUUAUUCGGCAAUGGGCUCGGUGCAGAAGCUUGCUGAUGCUGCGGUUGGGUUCCUGACUGACUGGAGGGAUCGAGUGGACUGCGAUCAGGAAGUGCUAGAGGCCAGCCCCACCGUCUGUCUGAGCACUGUGCACCUGCUGACCCAGUGGCUGGCAACUGACCCGAAGCUUCACAGCAACGCACUGCCCCUCUUGCCCAUGUUCACCGAGUGGAUUAAAAAGUGUCCUGAGCACAGUGCAACUCUGCGGGGCUAUUUACGCCCGUGCAUCUCAUUUGCACUCGACACAUGCAGCAUUGACGAAGAAAAGUUUGUCAAGGACCUGAAGGCCCGCGAGCUGACACAUGCGCGCGGCGAGGGACUGGAGUUUUCUUCGCCGUGGGUUGGUAGCAUCGAGUUCGACGAUCUGGCAUAUGCCGUCUACAACAUUCCCUCGGAUGAAGAGAUUCUGGCCAAGCGCCAGGACCAAAGCUGAACUGAAAAGUAGGCUUAGUGCUUCUUAGGAUAGACACAGCGCAGCCUUAAAGACCAAGCAUGUUUAUCACUACAUCCGCUUCAAUACAUUGGCACCCAAUGCCGUGAGUCGCCCUUUUCAAGGCUCUUUUCAAGGUGUUUACUCAUGGGUAGACGCGUGCAAGCAGAGCACACGCAUAUUUAGUACAUG